AUGGAGUCUUCAAGGUAUUACUGCUCUUGUGACCGGUGGAGCCAGCGGAAUCGGGUUUAUGUCACUAGAUUUAUUUAUUUUGUUGAAUGUUUUAGGCAUGCCAUAGUAGAGGAGCUAGCCGGUUUUGGAGCUAGAAUCCAUGUAUGUGACAUCUCUGAAACAAUGCUUAAUCAAAGUUUAAGCGAAUGGGAAAAGAAAGAGUUUCGAGUGAGUGGUUCAAUCUGUGAUGUAUCCUCUCAUCCCGAGAGAGAAACACUUAUGCAUACCGUCUCAGCCAUAUUCGAUGGCAAACUGAACAUUCUUGUGAACAACGUUGGCGUGAUUCGCACGAAGCCAACAACAGAAUAUGUAGCAGAAGAUUUCUCGUUCCAUAUUUCAACAAACCUGGAAUCUGCUUACCAUCUUAGCCAACUUUCACAUCCUUUUCUAAAGGCUUCAGGAUCAGGAAGCAUUGUCUUUAUUUCCUCUAUUGCAGGGGUUGUUUCAGCUGAUUGUGGAUCCAUCUAUAGUUUAACCAAAGGAGCUUUGAAUCAGCUAGCAAGAAAUUUGGCAUGUGAAUGGGCAAGAGAUGGCAUAAGAUCAAACGCCGUUGCUCCUAAUUUUAUCCACACUGCUCUUGCUCAACCUUUUUUAGAUGAUGCCGGUUUAAAGAAGAGUUUGAACAGUAGAACUCCACUUGGCCGCGCUGGAGAACCACGAGAGGUUGCAUCGCUUGUAGCUUUUCUGUGUCUACCUGCAGCUUCAUAUAUUACUGGUCAGACCAUUUGUGUUGAUGGAGGUCUCACUAUCAAUGGCUUCUCUUAUCAACCAGAGCCUUGAGCCAAGGUUUGGGUGUG